AUGAAUCUCCCGCAAUCUACCAAACCCCUCUCUUCAAAAGACGAACGUGUACUCAAUGCUCUUGGAAUAGAACUUCUUGCUGCAUCUGCACAAGCCAAUGUUCCGCAUGUAGUAGCUCUAUUGAAGGGACAUGCACCCGCUUGGUUUCAGGAUCAGACUACUGGGUGGGGUGUUCUCCAUUUUGCGGUUGCCGGUGAUGGGAGAGGGAAAUCGAGGAAAAAGGAGGAUAUAGUCAAGUGCGUCGAACUACUUUUGGAAGCUGGUGCCCCUUGGAAUUCCUUGGACGAACUUGGAAACUCUCCUGGAGAUGUGGCAAUAUCACUCAACGAUCGAGAAUGCUACGAAUUGAUUCGAGACGCAGGAUUAAGAUCAGAAUUUGCGCUCCAUGUAAUUCAGGCCAAAACCUCUUUAACUGCUUUGAGGGCUGAGGAUUACACAGCAGCGGGCUCAACAGAAGAGUUUUUAAAGUCGAAACUAACCUAUCGAAAAGAUGAAAAUGGGCAAGAAAUUGUUCUCCUGGACAUUGACGGAGAGGAAGUAGGCGUCAUGAUGGGAUGGGAGAAACCUAUUAUGGAGGCUACUGUUCGAGCUUUAUGCCCUCCUCAGGCAAAUACCAGCGACAAAGGUCCAACCAUUCUUAAUGUAGGAUUCGGGCUUGGUAUAAUUGACACCUUGUUCCAAUCAAUCGAACCACCUCCCUCUCGGCAUGUCAUAAUCGAACCGCAUCCCGAUGUUCUAGCACAUAUGCGCUCGACCGGUUGGUUCGAUAAACCGGGGGUGGAGAUUUUCCAGGGGAAAUGGCAGGAUUUCACUAGACCUGAUAGGAUUGGGGAAUUGAUUGGGGACCAAGGAGGCUUCGACGUGAUUUACACAGAUACGUUCUCGGAGGGGUAUAGUGAUUUAUACGAAUUCUUUGAACACCUUGGCGAUUUGAUAACUGGGCAGGAUUCCCGGUUUAGUUUCUUCAACGGAUUAGGGGCUACACAGGCAACAUUUUACGAUGUAUAUACCAAACUUUCGGCCCUUCAUCUCGAGGACAUGGCUCUGACCACGACUUUUGAAGAUAUUGACAUUCACGCAGCAGCGGAGGGAUCAGGCGCAUGGGGCGAGACACGAAAGUACUUUUCAUUACCACUCUACAGGAUGCCUAUUUGUCGGCCAUUACAGGGAUGA